AUGCGCCCUCGAUUGCUCGUCUGCUGUCGUCGGUCAGAUCCAGAUCGAUACCGUACCGUGAUUGGGUACGCUCGAUCCAGAUCGAAAUUCCUUGCCUUAUCUUCCUUCAAGAUCACCGGCAAAAGUAACCCGGAUAAGAGCUACAUCUGCGGAUACAGGACACAAUCAACCACCCUCCUCUUCUUCGGAAAAAAGAAUCCACUUGCUGUUGUUUUGGAUGCUCCUCGAACUAUUUGGAAGGCAACAUUACGACCAUUGAGUGAUUUUGGGUUUGGUCGUAGAAGCAUAUGGGAAGGUGGGGUGGGGUUGUUUCUAGUUUCUGGUGCAGUUCUCCUUGCACUCAGUUUGGCCUGGUUGAGGGGGUAUCAAUUGCGGUCUAGAUUCAGGAAAUACUUUGCUGUGUUUGAGUUUACUCAAGCUUGUGGAAUAUCCACUGGAACACCAGUGAGGAUUAGAGGGGUCAAUGUCGGCAGUGUUGUCCGUGUUAACUCUUCCUUGGAAAGUAUUGAAGCAGUUGUUGAGGUUGAAGAUGAUAAAACUGUGAUACCUCGAAACUCGCUGAUUGAGGUAAACCAGUCAGGUCUUCUCAUGGAAACUAGAAUCGACGUUACACCUAGAUAUCCAAUUCCCAAUAUUUCAGUUGGGCCUCUUCAUCCUGAAUGUGACAAAGAAGGUCUUAUUGUAUGCGAUAGGCAAAAGAUGAAAGGAUAUCAGGGGGUAAGCUUAGAUGCAUUGGUUGGUAUAUUCACUCGUCUUGGACGUGAAGUGGAGGAAAUUGGUAUUGCGAAUACGUAUUCACUUGUUGAACGAGUUGCUUCUGUUAUAGAAGAGGCAAAGCCACUGCUUAUAAAGAUACAAGCCAUGGCUGAAGAUGUUCAACCUUUGCUGGCUGAGUUUCGUGAUAGUGGUCUGCUAAAGGAAGUUGACAGUUUGACCAGAAGCCUUACGCAAGUUUCGGAGGAUGUGAGAAAGGUGCAUUCAUCUAUUAUGACCCCUGAGAAUACAGAACUGAUUCAGAAGUCCGUGUACACUUUGAUUUUCACCUUGAAGAAUAUUGAGAAUUUAAGCUCUGAUAUUCUUGGAUUUACGGGUGAUGAGGCUACAAGAAAAAAUUUGAAGUUACUGAUCAAGUCUCUCAGCAGGCUAUUGUGA